AUGCCCGUCGAGCUGCGCAAGCGCAAGGCGCCCGCGCCGCCGCCGGCCCCGGCCCCGGCUCCCAAGAAGAAGGCGGCGUCCAAGGCCAAGCCGCCUGCCGGCAAGCCCAAGAAGGCCGCUGCCAAGGUCGCCGACAAGGUCGAGGAGGCUGUCGCGCGCGCUGCGCCGGCCAAGGCCGAGGAGGACGUCGCCAAGGCUGAGAAGAAGGAGGACGGCAAGAAGGUCGCCGUGGGCGAUGUCAUCGACCUGGAGAGCUUCGGCGGCGAGGUCGAGACCAACGACGGCCAGAAGACGAGCCUCAAGAAGCUCGUUGACGAGAGCAAGUCCGGCGUUGUGCUGUUCACUUACCCCAAGGCAUCUACGCCCGGCUGCACCAACCAGGUCUGCCUCUUCCGCGACUCCUACGAGCCCCUUACGGCCGACGGGCUUGCCAUCUACGGCCUGAGCGCCGACUCGCCCAAGGCCAACACCACCUUCAAGGAGAAGCAGCGCCUGCAGUACCCGCUGCUGUGCGACCCGCAGGCGACCCUCAUCGCCGCCAUUGGCCUGCGCAAGCAGCCCAAGGGCACCCAGCGCGGCGUCUUCGUCGUCGACAAGGCCGGCAAGGUCCUCGUCGCCGAGGCCGGCGGCCCCGCGGCCACGGUCGACCGCGUCAAGGCGCUGGUCGAGGAGCUCAAGAAGAAGGACUGA